UUCUGAUUAUUCAAAAAUUAAAUUGGAUAGUGUUAAAUUAUACAAAGAUAUGGUGACAACGAUAGAAAACCAAUGUCUAAAACAAUUUAUUAAAGAAAUUGAUUAUGAAGAAAUUAAAUCGGAAGAUUUUGGAGUUGUAUGGAAGGGGAAGUGGAAUGGUCAACAUGUAGCUGUUAAGCACAUUAAUACAGAUGGGGAAAGAAAAGCAUUUAUAGUAGAAAUUCAUCAGUUAUCAAGAGUUAUUCAUCCUAAUAUUGUUAAACUGUAUGGUGCAUGCAUGAAAAAUCCAGUUUGUCUUGUUAUGGAAUAUGCCGAAGGAGGUUCUUUAUAUAACGUGUUGCAUUCGAAUUUACAAUCAGUUUAUACAGUUGGACAUGCUAUAAGUUGGGCACUUCAAUGUGCUAGAGGUGUUGCAUAUCUUCAUAAUAUGAAACCUAAACCUCUUAUUCACAGAGAUUUAAAACCUCCUAAUCUUUUAUUAAUACUUGGUGGACAGAUAUUAAAAAUUUGUGAUUUUGGUACAGCAUGCGAUUUAAAUACUUAUAUGACAAACAAUAAAGGUUCGGCACCGUGGAUGGCACCAGAAGUAUUUGAAGGUUCAACGUAUACUGAAAAAUGUGACGUGUUCAGUUGGGGAAUUAUUUUAUGGGAAAUAUUAUCUCGGAAAAAGCCUUUUGAUAAUAUUGGUGGUUCGGCUUACAGAAUUAUGUGGGCUGUUCACGUAGGACAUAGACCGCCGCUAUUAGACAAUUGUCCCCAACCAAUAGAAGAUCUCAUAGUUACGUGUUGGAAUAAAAUACCAGAAUUAAGACCAUCGAUGGAUUCAGUUGUUACAAUUUUAACAACAUUACUAGAAUUUUUUAGUGGACAUUUAGAACCAAUUGAAGAUUAUUUAGUUAGCGAAAGAAACAAUGUAGAUAAAUCUAAAUAUAAUAAUAUGGAUUUAACAACUACAAACAUUUCGCAAUUAAGUAUGUCUAUAGAUUAUAAUGAUUUAUAUGAUUCGCUGCACAUAAAUGUGCAGAAAAUCAAAAACUUAGUUCAAUUAAAUUUUGAAAACUCUAUAUCAAACUCAAUUUUAAAUAAAAAUACUUUAUAUCCUUUAAUAACCGAAACUCAAAUAUCGAAAUUAAAAUGCUCGAUACAAAAACAAAACCUUGUUCCUUUACAUGUUAAAUGCGAUGCCAAUGCUUGGGAACUCGAUCAUAUUUCAAAAUCAUCUGUGGACAUACAAACAUCUAUAUUAAAUGACACAGUAUUGCAGUCGGAUGUAUUUUAUAAUACACAAAAUGAAAAUAUCAAAGAAAUUUAUAAUUUAAUUGAUUUAGAAUUAAGGCCAACUUUCCCAGACUAUAAAUGUUAUUUAUCAUCUGAAAUUUUUAAAUUACAUAAUAAUUUAGCCCAAGAAUAUGUUAAAAUUAAAAACGAAAUUAUAAUUCUCUGUCAUCAUAAAAAAAAAAUAUUUACAAAUUUACAUAAUAAAAAUAUAUUGCAUCAACAAAUAGUAUAUAAAUUAAAUGAAGAAAAGGAAUUAUUAAUUAAACUGUAUCAUGAUCUUAAACGCCAAACACAAAUAAAACAGACUCAACAAAAAGUAAUAAAUUUUCCACCACAUUCUCUUUAA